AUGGGCUCAAAAGCACCCUCUGUGAACGAUGAGUUCUCUACGGAGAAAGGCAUUGGUCCCGAUGUUUGCAGAACUACAAGCACGGGAAGGGGAGAUGUCAUUACCAACACCGUACGAUACCGCAAUCGUACUGGCAACGAGAUUGAUAUCACCACUGUCCAGCCAGGGACUGACAAGGUCUACGAAGCAAAAGUGUCUCUGCUCAAUCACGCAAUACUCGACUUGGGUAUGGGUAAAUACCAGUGGAUCAUGGCUUUGCUUACUGGUUUUGGUUGGUACACGGACAAUUUCUGGCUUCAAGCGAUCACAGUCAUUAGCCCCUUCGUGCAACGCGAAUUCGAGGUCAAACGCAUAGCUUUUCUAACGGUUGGCAAAUACGCUGGGUUGGUUCUUGGGAGCUCGCUGUGGCCCAUGACUGCGGAUUUUAUCGGUCGAAAACCUGCGUUCAACAUCACUCUCGCAAUGUCAUCCAUUGCGGGACUCAUCGGGGCUGGUGCGCCUAACUUUACUGCCAUUGCUACUCUCUGUGCUUUUAUCGGCUUAGCAACUGGUGGAAACCAACCUGUCGAUUCGGCAAUCUUUCUUGAAUUCAUACCAGCAACCCAUCAAUAUCUGUUGACAAUGCAAUCAGCAUUUUGGUCGGUCGGACAAGCAGUUGCGGUACUGAUAGCAUGGCCUUUGGUGGCUAACUACUCCUGCCCAUCGACUACGCCAACAGGGGAAUGUGAGUACCAUGAUAAUCUUGGUUGGCGAUAUUGUUUCUGGACAUACGGUGCGAUAAACUUCGCUAUGUUCCUCGGUCGAUUCAUAUUCCCACUACACGAGAGUCCCAAAUAUCUCAUUGGUCGAGGUAGAGAUGCUGAAGCUGUACAAGUCUUGCACAAAAUUGCUGCAUACAACAAGACUUCGACCUGGCUCACUCUCGCGCACUUCCAACAAAUCGACAACGACCUCGGCAAUGGCAAUCCUCUGAUCCAGACUUCCGCGCAUCAAGAAGCAUCCAAUGUUCUCAAAAAGAACAUCUCCAAGUUCGAACCUGAGAAGAUGAAGGCCCUCUUUUCUACACCUAUCAUGGCGUUUUCGACGACGAUGAUGAUCCUACUUUGGUGCAUGAUCGGCAUGGCCUAUCCACUGUAUAACUCCUUCAUACCUCUUUACCUGGCGGCCAAGGGGGUUACGUCUGGGAACAACACGAUCAAUGCAACCUACCGAACCUACUGUAUACAAGCUGUCUGCGGAAUUCCUGGCUCGAUUAUUGCUGGACUUGCAGUUGAUGUCAGACGCAUUGGCCGUAAAGGGGUUGGUACUAUCUCUUGUAUCCUGACAGGCAUAUUCUUGUUCCUUUACACGCGUGCCAACAGUUCAGCUGCCAUCCUGGGAUUCUCCUGCGCCAUUGCUCUUUUCCAGAACAUUGUUUACGGAAUUUUGUAUUCGUAUACGCCAGAGCUCUUCCCUGCACCCAUCAGAGGCACUGGAAAUGGUCUGGUAGCCGUGUUUAACCGAUUAUCGGGUCUCGCAGCCCCUCUGAUCGCAGCAUACGUGGGAAUCAAUAACUCACCUAUCUGGAUUUCGGCUGGUUUAUUCAUUGUUGCGGGUUUUAUCUUCGCGGUUUUGCCAUAUGAGACGCGUGCUCGAGCUGCUGCUUAG